UGUGAAUGUGGAUGAUUCUAGUUCGUACAAAGAGCCAUUAGGGGAUGAGGUAAAUUAUAAACAGUUCAUUAAGAAGGUAUUGAAAUGGCGACCUUUUCCUUCCCAUCAGUGUGUCUAGUGGCAAUUGUAAUUAUUGCGCACAUAUCAGCUAAGACGACUCAGUUUCCUAAGUACCUGUACACAAAGAAGCCCUUCCCGGAAGUCCAUCAGACUACCACCACGUUUUCCAGCGGCGUCACGGAUGAGACGACCGACGGCACAGAGACCUCGUCCUCGGCAUCCACGGACAGCACCACCUUCGCCAACAACCCCUUCCAGGGCUUCAAAACUAUCUCCACACCGCCUCCCAGCCUCGAUCACGAGAACUUCACUCUCGACUACAACGAAUGCUUCUUCAAUUUCUGUGAGUGCUGUCCUCCGGAGCAAGGACCAAAAGGACAGAAGGGAGACAGGGGGCUGCCAGGACCUCGUGGAGACAAAGGAGAGCCGGGAUUAAGGGGACUGCCUGGACCAGCAGGCAUUUCUGGGAUCAAAGGGGCCAGAGGAGAAAAAGGGGACAAAGGUGAUCUGGGAGAAAAUGGAAUUAACGGACUUCCUGGGAUUCCAGGGAAACCAGGCGAGAAAGGUGAUAUGGGGUCCAAAGGAGACAAGGGAAACGCUGGUUUUCCGGGGUUCAGAGGUGAAAGAGGGGAGAAAGGGGAUCAGUGUGAGAAUGGCACCAAAGGAGAGAAGGGGGAACCUGGAACUAUGGGCCCAAUGGGGUUUCCGGGGCCGACAGGGGAAAAGGGGCAGAAGGGGGUUUCGGGGGACAAAGGGGAUUGUGGGUCAGGGGGAGAAAAAGGAGAAAGAGGCGAGAAAGGGGACACUGGUCCGAAGGGCCUGAAGGGAGACAAGGGGGAGGCUGGCAUGGACGGUCCCGCUGGUGCCAAUGGGCUGGACGGACAAGAAGGGAAACCUGGUGUCCCAGGAGAGAAAGGCGAACCGGGAGUCAGAGGUUUUCCCGGCCCUCCUGGACCGAAAGGGAACAGUGGACCGAAGGGCGAUCGGGGUCCCCCGGGAAUGAAGGGGGACCGUGGCCCGAGGGGUUUUAAGGGGGCCAGAGGUGACAGCGUGGUAGUGAAACGGUCGGCCUUCAGCGUAGGCUUGUCGCCCAGCAAGUCCUUCCCACCACCUGGCUUUCCAGUCAAAUUCGAUAAGGUCUUCUACAACGAGGAAAACCACUACGACAUCGCCAUUAGUAAAUUCAACUGCAGCAUUGCCGGAGUGUACAUCUUUACCUACCACGUGACUGUGAGGAACAGGCCCCUUAGGAUCGCCCUGGUGGUGAAUGGAACUAGGAAGCUGAGAACCAGGGAUUCUCUGUACGGCCAGGACAUCGACCAGGCGUCUAACUUGAUCCUGUUGAAAUUAUCCCAAGGUGACCAGGUGUGGUUAGAGACACUGCGAGACUGGAAUGGAGCGUAUGCUAGCAGUGAGGAUGACAGCACGUUUUCAGGAUUCCUGCUGUAUGCAGAUAAGGCCUGAUUUUUUAAUCUUGGGAUGUUAUCUGAGAGUGGAAAACGGAAGAAGUAGCCGAUAAUAAAAUAAGAUAUGUCAAAUUAAUUAUUAAUGGAAUAUUCUUAUACUUUAAACAUUUUUUCCUUUAAUUUAAAUUAUAAGAAUCUGAGGUUUUAUGAAAGAAGAAUAACUUUGAAAUGAUAGUAGUGGACAAAGUCUUGGCACCAUUUGUAUGGAGUCUUGGUUGAUUUAAUACGGUACUUAUGUGUCAACAGUA